CUUUGUUGUGAGCUGCGGCGGAGACUGUUGGCCUGAGGAGACGCCGGUGUUGGACAGUGCGCUGCGCCGCCGGCCGCUGAGUGACCGCUGGGGCCACCGCCGCCGCUGGUCCUUUCCAAACUUCGCCAAGAGGUGUGAAAAUUAAACAAACACAAAUAUUUUGACUGGGGCUUUGAUCAAGCAAAUGCUUAAAAAAGAAUGGAAGAGAAUACAUUCUGGAUGGAAUGCAAGCAUUUGCGUAUCCUUCAGGAGAUGUUUUAUGGCCAGCAACAUAAAGAAGAUCUCUAAUAAUCAUUUCUCAACAAUUAUAUAGUCAACUGAUGUAACAAUGGUGCUAAUAUUGGGACGCAGACUAAACAGAGAGGAUCUUGGGGUGCGUGAUUCCCCAGCAACCAAGCGUAAAGUUUUUGAAAUGGACCCUAAAUCUCUGACAGGCCGCGAGUUUUUUGACUUCUCUUCAGGAUCAUCCCAUGCUGAAAACAUACUCCAGAUUUUUAAUGAAUUCCGAGAUAGCCGCUUAUUUACAGAUGUUAUCAUUUGUGUGGAGGGAAAAGAAUUUCCUUGCCAUAGAGCUGUUCUCUCUGCCUGUAGUAGCUACUUCAGAGCUAUGUUUUGUAAUGAUCACAGGGAAAGCCGAGAAAUGUUGGUUGAGAUCAAUGGUAUUUUAGCUGAAGCUAUGGAGUGUUUUUUGCAGUAUGUUUAUACUGGAAAGGUGAAGAUAACUACAGAGAAUGUACAAUAUCUCUUUGAAACAUCAAGCCUCUUUCAGAUUAGUGUUCUCCGUGAUGCAUGUGCCAAGUUCUUGGAGGAGCAACUUGAUCCUUGUAAUUGCUUAGGAAUCCAGCGCUUUGCUGAUACCCAUUCACUCAAAACACUCUUCACAAAAUGUAAAACUUUUGCAUUGCAAACUUUUGAGGAUGUGUCUCAGCAUGAAGAAUUUCUUGAGCUUGACAAAGAUGAACUUAUUGAUUAUAUUUGUAGUGAUGAACUUGUUAUUGGUAAAGAGGAAAUGGUUUUUGAAGCCGUCAUGCGUUGGGUAUAUCGUGCUGUUGAUCUGAGAAGACCACUGUUACAUGAGCUCCUGACGCAUGUGAGACUCCCUCUGUUGCAUCCCAACUACUUUGUUCAAACAGUUGAGGUGGACCAACUGAUCCAGAAUUCUCCUGAGUGUUACCAGUUGUUGCAUGAGGCAAGACGGUACCACAUACUUGGGAAUGAAAUGAUGUCCCCAAGGACUAGGCCGCGCAGGUCAACUGGCUAUUCUGAAGUGAUAGUUGUCGUUGGAGGCUGUGAACGAGUUGGAGGAUUUAAUCUUCCUUACACUGAGUGUUAUGAUCCUGUGACAGGAGAAUGGAAGUCUUUGGCUAAGCUUCCAGAAUUUACCAAAUCAGAAUAUGCAGUCUGUGCCCUAAGGAAUGACAUUCUUGUUUCAGGUGGAAGAAUCAAUAGCCGUGAUGUCUGGAUUUAUAACUCACAGUUAAAUAUUUGGAUCAGAGUUGCCUCUCUAAAUAAAGGCAGAUGGCGUCACAAAAUGGCUGUCCUCCUUGGUAAAGUAUAUGUUGUUGGAGGUUAUGAUGGACAAAACAGACUUAGCAGCGUAGAAUGUUAUGAUUCCUUUUCAAAUCGAUGGACUGAAGUUGCUCCCCUUAAGGAAGCAGUGAGUUCUCCUGCCGUGACUAGCUGUGUAGGCAAGUUGUUUGUGAUUGGUGGAGGACCUGAUGAUAAUACUUGUUCUGAUAAGGUUCAAUCAUAUGAUCCAGAAACCAACUCUUGGCUACUUCGUGCAGCUAUCCCAAUUGCCAAGAGAUGUAUAACAGCUGUAUCCUUAAACAACUUGAUCUAUGUUGCUGGUGGACUGACCAAGGCAAUAUACUGUUAUGAUCCAGUUGAAGAUUACUGGAUGCAUGUACAGAAUACAUUCAGCCGACAGGAGAACUGUGGUAUGUCUGUGUGUAAUGGUAAAAUAUACAUCCUGGGUGGAAGACGGGAAAAUGGAGAAGCCACAGACACUAUUCUAUGUUAUGAUCCUGCAACAAGUAUCAUCACAGGGGUCGCUGCAAUGCCCAGGCCAGUGUCCUAUCAUGGCUGCGUGACUAUUCAUAGAUACAAUGAGAAAUGCUUUAAGCUCUAAAGCCCCAGCAUUACCUCACCUAAGAAGCCACACCGAUGGAAGAUGAGAGGUUUCAAAAACUCCAGAGUGGGGACUUAACAUUUCUCCUUUGUGCCAUUGCAAAAAAAUUGUCAAAAUAAUAAUUGUGGUGCCUUUCUCCCCAAAAUACCAAUCUUUCAAACUAUAAAUAAAACCUUUCCUGUAAUUGAAGAAAAUAUAAUUUUUUGUUGUUGUUAAGUAUGUUUGUUGCUUGGAUUUUGAGAGUGUACCUUUGUAAAUAUUUGUAAAAUGCCUAGGUGGAAUAGAAAAUAAUGUCUGCCUGCAUACCUUUUAAGAAUUUGUGAAUGCUCUCUUCGUUUAUAUAUGUUUAUCUGCAAGACUGUGUGUUCCUUCUUUUGUCAUUUAUGUAGAAAUAAUUGUUUCUUCGUGUAGGUUGAAUCAAUGCUUAGAAUGCAUUCUAAGGGAAAGAGUAUUUUUAAAAAUUUUUUAAAGUCUUUGUUACUAAAAAUAUACCCAAAUUCAUAGAUUUUAUUAAGGGUUUUUUCCUGUAAUUGAUAAAAAUAUGACUACCAGUUGAGUAUCAUAAAAUGCUGAAUUAUUAUGACCUCAUUCUUAGAAUCGCUGUCUUAUUAAACAGGUUUUUUGGGGGGGAGGAUGAUGGGUAGGAGAUACAAAAGCAAGUACCUCUGAAAGAGGGGGCUUAAAAUUACAGGCUAUAAGAAAAACUUAUUUAGGUUCAUUGAAGAGAAAAGAACCCUGGUGACAGUGCUUUGUUAAUUUGGUUGUAACUCUCUCAUUGAAAAAGAGCAUUUGUGGCUCUCAAAGUAUUUUUGCAUCAUCUCUAAAUCCUCUAGGGAAGCUCCUUUUCUUAAAUUGGGCACAGGAGUUGAAAUCCAUUUUACAAUAAUGUCUUGUGAAAAACAAGGACAGGUUUUCUCCCUUGCCCAGUAAGUUUCAGUUCAUUAGUACUUUGGGUGAGAACUUCUUCCCUGGUUAUUCUGCUUUCUUAUGACCAGCUAAAAUUCCUGGCAAUUUCCACUGUUAAGGUGCCUUUAAUAGGAUAGAACAGGGACCACCUAUCUCAGAGCGUCCAUUUAAAAAAAUUUAGCUAUCUGAAAAAAAACAACUAACAGCUGUAGUUCUAAUAUUUAAAAUAAAUCUUUCAUUUGGUACCUAUUGAUUAAAGUAUUGAUCAGCAUUUUUAAGCUUCUAAACAACAAAUCGCUUUUGUCUAGGUUUUUCAACUCCAGCUUAUAAAACUUACCAGUUUUCAGAAAGGAAUAUAAAAGUUUUUCUAAGGCAAAUGGGUAUAUAAAAAACUACAGCAUAAGUGAUUAUUGUGAUUCCUGGGUGAUUUACAUUUUAGGGAUGUUUCAGGUAGCCUGCUGAAUUUUUACUUCCCAGGCACUAUUUUCAUCUUGCAUUAUAAUUGUAAGCCCUUUAUUAUAGGAGGGAUGAUGCAAAUAUAUGAUUACAGUGUCACCACAUUUCUGUUAACAUGAAGGUAAUAAUCAAAACUCCUAACAUUGGUAAACUACUUUGUUUUGCAUCUUAGAAUGGUACAGAGAUUUCAGAUAGACUAUGCAGCAGCAACUUCAAUGCUUAGCUAGAAUCUGAAUUCUGUGGAAAAGUCAAACUUAAGUUUUAGGGAACUUUUAUUUUUUAAAUCAAAAUUUGAAAGUGACAUACAUGUACACCUUUUGUGAUAAUGAUCAGCAAUUCAGAAAACAAUUUUGUAUCAUUUUAGAUGGAAGACAGUUAUAUAUACAUUUGGAAUACUUGUAAACUUUCAUUUUAAGAGUAAAUAUCUACUUCUGUAUUAUACUUUUUUUAGAUAAUUAAACCUAUUUAGUUCAGGAAAUCUUUCUAGUAAAUGAGAUAAUGUAUGAGAAAGUGAUCUUUAAAUGCUGAGGGUUAUACAAAUGAUAGUUAUUUUCAUGUGUAUUUGUAAGAUCAUGCCCAUCCAUAAAUAUAGAUUCUUUGUAUAAACAAGACUUUCUCAAGAUAACUUUGUAUUCUAGUAUUUUUGUCUAUUGUAAAAUUAUUAACUAUUAACUUGUAUUUUGUUAUACAUUCAUUUUUAGUAUCUAUGUGUUUAUGGUAGUAAAUUUGAAAUGAAAUCCUAAAAAAUGGAAUUUGUUUAAACACAGACCUCAUACAAACAUGGCUUAAAUUUAUUCUCUAUAUAAUAUUAAACUGCAUAAUUUAGUUGCAGUUUAUGUUGAAAGCCACCAGAAUUUAGUUUGAAUCCUAGAAAAUUUGAGUAACUAUUUUUAAAGUAACCCAACUGAUAUUUUAAUUUCCUUUAAUUAUUUAUCUUUCUUACUGAUUCUUGAUAAAAUACUGAUUUAGCAUUGAUAAAAUAAAAAUUUUUAGGGUAUAAUUACUAUAUCAAGAUAUAUAUUAACCAAAUUAGUGUCAGAUUAUAUUCAUACUGCCAUCAAAUACUUGGCAUAUUUUCUUUUGGUAGGUGAUGUACAUAUAAGUCUUUGGGUUAGUAUGUAUGUCUAUGCAUAUGUAUAUAUGUAGAUAGAUAGUAUGGUCAUGUACACACACACAUACAAACACCAAGAAUUUUAGCAGUUUGUGAUGAUCAAAAACACCUAAAGUAAAAAUUAGUUAACCAUAUUAAAUUCAAUUACAGAAAUUUUUCUCUUUGGGCAUUUCUAGAAUAGUUUUUAUAUUUGAAAGUACAUAAUGAGUAUUAGUGUGGUCACUUGUAUACAGUAAGAAUCUUUAUAUAACACAUCUGGUUUUAUAAGGUCAGAAAACAAAUUGGUGUAGAAAAGAGUUUGCUAAACCCAGCUGUGAUACCUCAAUGGGAAAGGGAAUUCAAGGGUAUACUUUGUGGAUCAACAGAAAAGUACAGGUUGUGUAUGGUGUUUUUUUCAUGAACUUUUCCAUGUUUUCCUAUAUGUGAGUGAGCUAGAAGGUGAUCUAACUAAUUUUUACAACAGAUCUUCCACCUUUUCUUCUCUAAUCUUCCCACAGGUAUGAAAUGGUAGUCUAUUGGAUCUUUAGUAACCUUUUUUCCCCUAGGUGAAAUAUAGGUAUUUAUUCCAUGUAAACCAGGUGUUAAGAAAAAAUGAUGUAAAUACUCAGGGAGGGUAUUACCACGUCACUUUUUUUCUAUUUGGGGUAAAGUGCCAAAGCUAAAAAAAACUUCAUGACUCUAGAGUAAAUUUGAUUUGGUAAAGGGGCUUCACACAUGGCAGUGGUUGAACAUUCUUUUAUAUUUAGAAGGAUGAAAAUGUUUUGUGGACUGAUACAUUUUCUCUUAGUGAAUAUUAAUUGUUUCUAUAUCUCUACUGUCAAUACCCUUUUUGAAACUCAGGAAAGACAAAAGUUCAAUUAUAUUACUUUUGUCAAUAUACAAACCAGGUGUGUUUUGUUUUGUUUUUCUGUUGUCUGGAUAUGGCAAUAGAUUUUUUUAAAAUUGCUGUGAGAACACUUACAUGAAAAGCAAAAGGUUGAAUGUGUGUGCCUUUUGUGUCUUGAGAUUUAUAAGUGGAAAAGACAUGUUCUACUCCAGACUGUAUUUUCAAAGAGAGAGUAUUAUUUGUGUUGUGCCAAGUGAUAAAAUAAUGUCUCUUAAAGGCUUCCUAUGGACUGCCUUUAUUUUAGUAAACUCAAAACACCAGUUAACCUCAACAUAAUUUUGGCCUUAUUAGAACUGGUUGUUCAUUAUUUUGAAAACCAGGUUUACAUCACCUCACCCUAUUAUUAUUUUUAGUUAAAUAAUUUCACCGUGUCCAGUACCCAGAAGGGGCAAUUUGGUUGACCUUUAAGUCGGUUGGUCUGACUAGCUAGCUAUAACUAUUGUCAUAUCUCAUACUAGGCACCAGAAAUCACUUGAGCCAGAAGUGUGAAUUGAUUAUUCCAGAGCAUAUUUAGGAAAAUAAUUCUUUUCCAACAUACUUAGACCUUUUGAAAUGUUUUUAUAUGAAUGUUUUACAUUUGUGUGAUUGCCUUAGAUAUUAAAUUUAUUAGUGCUAAAGAUGGUCAUCAUAAAUAAUUAAAAAAAAAACAAGUCAUAUUAACUUAUUUUAUAUAUUGUUCCAAAGAAAAGAAUUUCUGUUUUAAUGUUUUCAAAAUAACUGCAGCCGAAAUUCAUGUGUCUUGAGUUCUCUAGUGCUAUAUUUUAACUUUUCUUCAAUGUAAAUCAAGUUUACCAUGAAUGUUGCCUAUUUGUUUCCUGAAGAGUAAAUAAACUUCCCCUUCUUAAGCUUUUUAAUGAGCACCAAAUAUAUGGUUGCUUGGCAGAAUGAGAAUGUUAAGGAACAUUGUUGGGUAUUUGGAGUUUGUUUUGUUUUGUUUUGUUUUGUUUUGUUUGAUACGAAGGUGCUUUUUAAGAUACUCAGAUAAACAUCUAUCUUACUUUGAUUGAACUGUUAACUUCAUUUGCAAUAUCUAUAUCUAAUGGAAAAAGUUACAUGUACUCAUUUUGGUUUCAUUCUUAUGUACUAGCUCUUUUCUCUGUAAGGCUUUUUCGUUUAACUUUCUUGAAAAAGCUCUUACUCUCCCCUUCCUCAUCAGCCCUCCCUGUACUUUUCUUUCUUUACAAAAUAUUUAAAUUUUUGUGGAGAGUUUCUGGAGCUGAGACAGCACAAUUAUAGAGGUAAAUAAAAUUAUAAUCUUUUACAACUAGCACACACCUGUGGUGGCCAAAUAUAAUUUGCUUUCGAUUAAAGGCCCCAGACUCUUCACGGGGGCGGGGGAUUGGGGAAUAAAACUUUGUAUUUCAUUGUUCUCAAUUUAGUUGUAGCACAUUAAUUUGUAAUGUUUUGUUUAAAUAUACUUCUCGCAUAGUUUAACUUUUUUAAAGUUGUAUGUACCUAAUGAAAUGUCUUUUAACCAUUAUUUCUUGACUCUUUGGUUGUAUUAAAUUUUGUUUACCAAAAAA